AGACUUUAGAAUUGGGAAAGAAAUUAGAAAAUACUGAGCAAGAGUUUCAAUCUGUUUCAUCACAACUUUUGGAAGAAAAGAGUUCAGUCAGCACUAUCAAAGAAGAAUGCUCAGCAAUGAAUUUUACCAUUUUAAAAAUGGAGAAUGAAAUAGCAGAUUUGAGAACUGAAAAAAUUAAUUUAGUCCAAGGCUUAUCAGAGUUAGAAAACGUUAGAGCUAGUCUUGAGAAAGACAAAAAUGCCCUCUCUUCAUGCAUAGAGGAGGAAAAAGAAAAGUCUAAAAAAGAAUGUUCAGUUUUUAUGUCAUUAAUAACAGAACUAAAACAGGAACUUGAACAUUUUCACUCGGAAGUGGUUCAAUUCAAAAUAACAAUUGAUGAGCUAGAGAAAAAAAAUGCUAGUUAAGAGAAUGAUAAGAAAGCUAUUUCUUCCCAAUGGGAAUUCGAAAGAGACAAAUCACAGAUUGCACUUGAAGAAUCAGAGGCAGAAAAAGAGAAAUUGAAAAUGACCAUAUCUGCAUUGCAAGAAGAAUCUCAGGCAGAGAAAGACCAGUUGAAAGCUGCCAUAUCAGAAUUACAGAACGACACCAUAGAAUUCAAAGAGAAAUUAGAUUACACUAAGCAAGAGUGUCAAACUGUUUUGUCUCAACUGCAUAAAGAAAGGGAGUCUCUAAACUCAUACAAAUUAGAAAACUCACAGAUGAAAUCAACUAUUUUGAAUAAAGAGAAAGAAAUAGCAGAUUUGAAAGCUGAAAUUAGAAAUCUAGCUAAUACUUUAGUGGAAUCAGAAUACAUUAGAAAUGACCUUGAGAAAGGCUUAGCUGAUGAAAGGGAACAAUUCAAGAAAGAAUGCUCCGUUUUGAACUCAUCAGUAGCAGAACUGACGCAGAAGCUUGAGCACUGUAAGAAUGAGAGAAGUAACUUGAAUCAAACAAUACAGGAGCUCAAGACUAUGAUUGUCCAUUUGGAAAAAGACAAGGAGGCUUUGUCAUCACAGCUGGAAGAAAACUGGAAACUAAUUAAAAAAAUAGAGCCUUUCAGAGAUGUCUUGGAUAAUUUUCAAAUGGAAAAAAAAUUCUUGUUGGAAAGAGACAAAUAUACAAGUGAGCAAAUGGAAAGAUUGACCAAAGAAGCCAUUAAAAACAUGGGUCAUCAAAACCAUCGCCAGAAAGUCAAAUAUGUGGAGACUUUGAAAAAGAUUGCUCCGGUGAUUGCUACUACACAAUGUGACUCUUCCAAAAUGACACAGACACCUGGUGAGCCAAGAAUUCCUUUAAAAGGUAAACAAAUCAAGCUUUUUGCAUGA